AGUCAUAAUUUCGACUUUCAAAGUCAUAAUUAUGAGAUUUAAAGUCAUAAUUUCGACUUUCAAAGUCAUAAUUAUGAGAUUCAAAGUCAUAAUUUCGACUUUUCCAAAAAAGCAGACAUGCUGUCUUGUGUGACAUUUACACAGUAUUCCAUUUGAUCUGUCUAACCAGGAAAACACAGAUUUUUCUCCUAUUAAUGGAUUAUAAACAAAUUGAGGAGUAUUUCAGAUGUGGUUUAACCAAUGAUGAAAUUCUUGCUUUGCUGGCUGAGGUUCAUGGGGUUAUUCUUAGCAAGAGGACACUAGAAAGGAUUCUUAAUAAGAAGAAACUUUGGCGCCGAAAGAACAAAAGUGAUGUGAGUGUAGUGGCAGCUUUCAUUCGUCAGCAACUUGAAACCUCUGGACAAUGUCACGGAUAUCGAUGGAUGCACCAAAAAUGCUGGAUGAAUGGUAUUGUUGCAGACAGGGAAACAGUUCGAGUCCUUUUACGCUUACUAGAUGGUGAAGGAGUAGACCUAAGGUCAAGAAAUCGACUGAGGAGACGGAUUUACUAUAGUCGUGGUCCAAACUAUGUUUGGCAUAUGGACGGCUACGAUAAGCUCAAACCAUUUGGAAUUGGGAUCAAUGGUUGCAUUGACGGUUUUUCCAGAAGGCUAAUAUGGCUUGAGGCAUACAAAACAAAUAACGAUCCAAGAGUCAUUGCUGGAUACUUCAUGGAUGCAGUGAUUAAAGCUGAGGGUUGUCCUGAAAGACUUAGAGUGGAUUUAGGGACAGAAAAUGUUAAUGCAGCUGACAUGCAAAGAUAUUUGCAUCUUACAGAAGAUCAACCUCAAAGUGAUAAUGUAAUAUUUGGUCCAAGCACUGGAAAUCAGCGGAUUGAAAGAUGGUGGUUGACCCUGCGAAGUGAAUGUAUCCAGUUCUGGAUGGACCUCUUUGACAAACUGAAAGCAGAUGGACACUUCUCGGAUAACUUCUUGGACAAAGCCUUGAUCCAGUUCUGUUUUCUCCACAUAAUACAGAAAGAACUAAAUGAAGUUGUUUCAGCUUGGAACCACCACAGGAUACGUCCAACACACAAUUCACGAAGUCCUCAUGGGUGACCAUUCAUGAUGUACACAGUACCUCAGGUGUAUGGAACCAGAGACUAUCUACACAGCAUUGAUCUGAACAGGGUUGAAGCCUGCUUGGAAAACUGUGUUUUCAAAGACUUUCCAUGCGAUGAAGAUGUCUUCAGUAUCUGUGUGGACCUGAUUUCAGAGCAUAACCUGAAUGUCACAGAUGAUGUGUUUGCAACAACUGAUCUAUACAUAAGACUCAGACAGCUGAUUACCAGAGAUUUGGAGCUGCAUUGAUAAAUGUAAAAACAUUUUGUUGCGUUGACAGUUUGCUACCUCGUCCCUAAUUUGGACUUCAGUAGAUAUUUGAUGACAUUGUGAGAGUGGCAGCAUUUGCUUCAACACAUUCUUGCACCAGUAUAAAGAUGGGUCAAAGCCAUUCACAAGCUCUGUAACUAAGCAAGAAGAGACACUAAAAUAAGAUAAAUCAUGCUGAGCUGAUAAAAUAAGUCUGACAUUAGAAAAAUAUAUUGAUGCAUUGGACAGAUGAUUUUUGGUUUUGAUAUUUUCCCUUUAUUAUCAAUAUCAUUGCAUUACAGUUUGAACAUUAUGCUGAUUAUUAAACAGGAAAUAAAGGAAUUGAGAACUGCUGUAGAAACCUCAUUAUUUUUCAGGUGUGCAACCCAAUGCUGAUUUAAAGCUUCCCCCGCCCCAAAUAAAUCACACAUAUAAACUGGAAAAAGCGGUUUAUUGAACUUCAAAAUUAAAGUCUCUAUUUAGCUAUUAGAGAAGCCUUUGAGUGUUUUAAAAUAAUCCUUUAAGAUAAUGA